AUGUCAAAAAUGCAAUCGACGGAGAUUACCGGAGCAGAAAGCGAGAUUGCAGCGAAAGUAGAGAAAAAAGAAGAAGAGAUGCUUCGAAGCAGUGAUUCAGCUUCCUCUCUCUCUCUCUUUCCUUCUCUCGCUCUUGAGAAUACCCGUCCUUGGGCGGAGAUAGCGCGCGAGUGGCCAACAAGAUGCCUAACUCGCGAGUGGUCUGCUCCGAAUUCCCAAAGUGGGUCACUUUAUUUCUCUCUCCUUAACUGCUCUCAGCCCAUUAGGACAAUACAAGCCCAUUUAUAUAUCGGCCCAAGUAACCCACCGGAGAAAGAGAAGAUCGGAGAGCAACAGUCUCUCUCUCUCUCUCACAUGGACAUGAACAUGGCCGUCGCAGCAAUGCCUCCUCAAUCUCAAGGCGCUUCCUUUCUCACGAAACAAACCUUUCAGUUUCCCAUUACAACAUUCUCCUUACUGCUGCCUGCUACUAAUCGGAAUCGGAAACCACUCUUCCUCUUCUCCACUCAGCUUUCUUCUCCGGUCACCUCCAAAAAAGAUGAGCAGCGGAGACUCUCCUUCACCAUAGAUUAUCUCGUCGAUUCCUGCGGCUUAUCUCCGGAAUACGCCAUCGCAGCCUCUCGGAAGCUUCUGCUGGACUCUCCGGAACGCCCCAACACCGUUGUAAAGCUUCUCCGGGAGCAUGGAUUCUCCACCGCCCAGAUCUCGAGUCUCGUGAAGAAGCGACCCGUUCUGUUGUUAGCCAAUGCCCAGUCCGUCCUCCUCCCGAAACUCCGAUUCUUCCUCUCCAUCGGAGUCUCCAAAUCCUUACUCGCCCGAACCCUUUCCUCUGACCCGACCAUUUUGACCAGAAGCCUCCUCAAUCAGCUCAUCCCUUCCUACAAUUUCCUCAAGAGCGUCCUCUACGCCGACGACAAGAUCGUUGCCGCGCUCCGCCGGACCACCUGGGUUUUCCUCGAGGACCACACCAAGAACCUCGUCCCCAACAUCAACUUCAUGUCGGAGACGGGGGUCCCGGAGAAAUGCAUACAGCUCCUCCUCACCCAUUUCCCCGAAGCGGUGAUGCAGAAGAACCAGGAUUUCCGGGGAAUCGCCAAGCAAGCUAAAGAGAUGGGAUUCGAUCCCAAAAAAUCAACCUUUGUGCUGGCCAUUCACGCUCUCUCUGGGAAAGGCAACAAAUCGAUAUGGGACAAGUGCUUCCAGGUGUACCACCACAGAUGGGGCUGGUCGGAAGACGACAUCUUGUGCGCAUUCAAGAAGCAUCCCCACUGUAUGAUGCUGUCGGAGAGGAAGAUCAACCGAACAAUGGAGUUUCUUGUCAAGGAGGUGAAUCUGGCGCCAAGAUCGAUCGCACAAUGUCCCGUCGUGCUCUUCUUCAGCCUAGAGAAGAGGAUAAUCCCAAGAUGUUCCGUGAUAAAGGUCUUGGCAGCAAAGGGGAUGGUGAAGGAAGACUGGAGCUUGACGUCAUUGUUGGUUCCAGUGGAGAAAGUGUUCUUGGAGAAGCUUGUGAUCAAGUACGAGGAGGAGUUGCCUGAGUUGAUGGAUGUGUAUCGAGGAUACACCAAACUGUUGACCUCUCCGGAACAUUUAGAUUGA